UUUUAUACUUCUGGUUCCUGUCAAAAAUUGUUCGGAUUGUCUAGACUUUUGGACUCUAUUCCGUAGCGACGGAGUUUAGGAACCCUGCAGCAGAUUUUUCUUGGCAGCCUACGUCAUAUUGUUGGAUGAAGUCAUGGCAAGAGACGAAGAACGCUCUUCCUCUCACUCUUCACUCGACGACGAUGACAGCAUCUCUCUAGAGCAACAGCAAGCCAACUACGAUGAUCCACCAAAUAGGAUCCUGGAGAAGCAGAGCACUGCGGCUUCGGCCUAUUCAGCUUUUGAGCAACGUGCGCAGUCGGUAGUCUCAAGAAUUCGCAGUCGAGAACCUGGCCAGACUGCGCGCUUUACACAUCCUCUGACGCAUACCAAAACCUCAACCGAUGUGAUCGUGGAUUUUGAUGGGCCCGAUGACCCAUAUCGGCCGCUCAAUUGGAGUUUCCGGAAAAAGGCCAUAACCACCGUAUUAUACGGGUUGACAACAAUGGGUGCGACAUGGGCCAGUUCGAUUUAUUCCACAGGCACGAGACAAGUUGAUGCGGAAUUCGGGGUCGGCGAGGAAGUUGGUACUCUUGGUACAGCAUUGCUCUUGUUUGGGUUUGGGCUGGGGCCGCUUGUGUGGGCACCUUUAUCUGAAGUUUAUGGGCGUAAACCCGCUGUUUUAGCACCGUAUUUCGUUGCCGCUGUCUUCUCGUUUGGCACCGCUACCGCCAAAGAUUUGCAAACAGUCAUGAUAACCCGGUUCUUCGCCGGGUUCUUUGGUUCUGCACCUGUCACCAAUACCGGCGGUGUUCUUAGUGAUAUCUGGACAGCGGAACAGCGAGGAGCGGCUAUUGUUGGUUAUGCUAUGGCCGUGGUUGGAGGACCGGUGCUCGGGCCUAUCGUCGGUGGUGCAAUUGUCCAGAGCUAUCUAGGUUGGAGAUGGACUGAAUAUAUCACCGGGAUUAUGAUGAUGUUCUUCCUCACAAUGGACGUCCUAUUCCUAGACGAGACCUACCCUCCCGUAUUGCUAGUCUACAAGGCCCAACGACUCCGUUUCGACAGCGGCAACUGGGCCCUCCACGCGCGCCACGAAGAAUGGGACGUUACUUUCAAAGAACUCGGCAACAAGUACCUCAUCCGCCCCUUCCAACUCCUAACAACACCCAUCUGCUUUCUAGUAGCCCUCUACGCCUCCUUCGUCUACGGCAUCCUGUACCUCAGUCUCGCAUCCUUCCCCGUCGAAUUCCAAGAAGUCCGCGGCUGGAACCAAGUCGUCGGCGCACUCCCCUUCCUAGGCUACCUAGUCGGCAUCCUCUUUGGCGCAGCCGUCAACCUGCUCAAUCAAAAAUUCUACAUCAAACGUUUCAAAGCAAACAACAAUUUCCCGGUUCCCGAAGCCCGCCUUCCACCCAUGAUGAUCGGCUCCGUCCUCUUCGCGGCAGGCAUGUUCGUCUUCGGCUGGACCGGCCAACCACAUGUCCACUGGAUCGGCCCUAUAAUAGGCGCCGUGAUGAUGGGCUUCGGUUUCUUCACCAUCUUCCAAGCUGCCCUCAAUUACCUCAUCGACACCUUCCAGACGGUCUCUGCUAGCGCCGUGGCGGCUAAUACUUUCCUGCGGAGUGUCUUUGCCGGCUGUUUUCCGCUCUUUGCUAGUAUCAUGUUUCGCAGGAUGGGUGUACCAUGGGCGGCGAGUGUACUUGGUUUUGUGUCUAUUGCACUAAUACCUAUACCGUAUCUGUUUUACAUCUUCGGCAAGCGUAUUAGAGCUAGAGGGGAGUGGUCUCGGGCUUCGGUUUAUGGAUAAUAAGUUUUCUUUGGAAUUUUUCCCACCUUUUUUGGGUGGGUACUAAUUGGACGAUUAGAUCUAUGUUUUGACGAUGUCAUGUUUGGAAAACUUGCGCUGAGUGACUCUGGGUUCAUGCUACAUAUACCCUUUGACGAAGCAUUGGAUGAAAAGUUAUCCUUUUUUAUCAUUUAAAUCUUCUUACUUUUCAUUUUGCUUCUUACUAAUAGAUACUAGAGCUGUUAUUCGAGAUGCCAGCAUUUACUUGUCUGGGUAUGAGUAGAUAUGAC